AGACAAGAAGACUGUCACUUCCCCAGCAUCCAUAAGGGCAGGUCCAAUGCAUGGGCGAUUGCAUUGGUACUUAAGGAAAUAAGAAGAAAAAAAGGUAAUCGCGUAGCAGCAUCGUUAGCGUCCUGUCCUCCAACGUCAGCGAUAAUAUAGAGACGCUUAUACGGCACAGGUUGAGUCUUAGAGUGGAAGAAGAAAAAGGGCUAGCGCCCGGUGGCUCUUUUUGCGCUGACACUUCAAAUUUUUCCGGGAUCACAUGGGAUUUUGCUCAUACGGCUGGGAAUCGGACCCUAGCGCGCCCGUCAUUAGCGCCCCCAUUGUAGAUGCCCUAAGAUAGACUAGGAGGCUGCUGCAUCCCCCUCCACCCUAGGAUAGACGAGAAGGCAUCGAUGAUGCUCGCGCUUCUCUGUUUCCUCAACGCCAGAAAUCGACUGACCAAAUUUCCGUUUUCAGGCGACUGACACGCAGCUAAACUGGAAAAAAAAAAAUCAUACUGGCCGGAUGGGUCAAACAGGACGGAAGCAGGUCUCGCGACCCCGUCCAUCCAAAUAGCGGUCGGUCAUUCUCCUCGAGAGACGAGAACCCAACCGAUCCCUGGCAGCCAGACCGUGCGUGCGCUCCUCCUCUCCUCCCUCUCGGCGCCUCCAUCCGCUCCCGCUCCCGCCGCCUCCUCCGGAUCUCGCGGGCGCCUCCUCCAAUCUCGGACGCGCUUCAGCUCCAGGUCCGUUGCCCCCGCCGAUCCCGCACUCUGUGAGAAUGGGUCGCGCGCGCGCGAUGGCGGGCAACCACGGGUUUUACGGGCGAGUUCUGGUGGAUCGACAGAACAGGCACACGACGCGGGCGCCGUGAUGUGGGUGAUCCGGUCGAUCUGGAUCGGGGGACUUGGUUUCUACCGAUCGAUAGAUCAGCGACGCGCGCGCGGCGAUUGUCUAGGGGUUUUGUAGGGUUUUGGUUGAUACGGUGGAUCUGAGACGCAGGGAUUGGGGGAUUCGAUCGAUCUGGGCCUCAGGGGUUUGGAGGAUUCGAUCGAUCUGGGCCGCAGGGGUUUGGGGGAUUCGAUCGAUCUGGGCAGCAGGGGGUUCGGGGGACUUCAUCGGGAUUUUUGUUGAUAAGAUGGAUCUGGGCCACAUGGUUUUGGGGGGUUCGGCUUCGAUCUGGGGCACAUUGGAUUUGGAUGCAGGUAGAGAACGAUCUCGGACGCAUGGGAUUUGAUGCUGAGCAUUUCGGGGAUUUUUUAACACAGCAUUUUGGGGUUUUUUUUAGUACAGCAUUUUGGGGAUUUAAUGGUGGAGCUCGAUAAGCGUUUCGGGUUUAAUGGAUCGAUCGAUAGUUGGGCAAAUUUGGGGAUUCAAUGCAUGCUCGGCUUUGAUUCGACAAUGGAUCAUCAUAUCAUAAGUUAAAAAAAGAACCUGUGAUGAACCACCCGUAUCUGAAAUCUUCAAAUAACUGCUGUGCAGAUGUCAUCAUGCCUGCCUUGACCAAUACUUCUACAUUGACUGUUUGCAUUUUUACAUCAACUGCCACGUUUUACUUUACCAUAUAUUGGGUGUCAAUCAUUGGCUGUGUGAAAGCAUAUUAUGUACUGUAUUUAUUAUAGAAUCUCACUUGUAGUAGAAAAAUAGAAAAACCGAAUCUGGACCACUAGAUGGGAGACUGAUGACCCAGAUUUAGGUGGAGGGAUCUCAGACCAAUUAAUGUACUUUUAACAGAAAACCCACUACAAAUGGUUAGACAUGAAAUAGCACAUUUGCAGUAUAGACCUUGAGUCUUCGUGAUAUAUGACCAUUUUCAGAUAAUUUUCAUAUGCAAAGCGCUGAUGCCCAUCUCAUCAUAGUUUGAUACAAAAAUCUUUCCAAAUAUUUCUUCAUGAAAUCAAUACACAUUUAAGUGUCUAUUUUAGCCUCCGAGACAUCACUAAAUUUUCAAGACGGUCGGAUAUCUUGGUUACUGCUAAGAAAACGUUAAUAUAUAUCACAAAUUGUUUAGCACAUGAGAGAACAAAGCCAUCCCAUAUCAAGCAGAACUACAUAUACAUGUCCAACUAGAAGUAUCUAAGUGCAUGAGCAAAUUAAGGAGUGGAACUAUCACCGCUCAGCAAGCAUUUGAGUAUAUGAGAAUAUAACACGAGGUAUACAUAGAUCGCUUUUAGUACAUGGCCAGCAGGACCGGGUGUGAAGGACCGAAACUAUCACCGUCCAACAGGCAUCUCUACUCCUAAUGUCUCAGUUGGUAGGUAGUCUCCGUUCCACGGUUAAUUUUCGUCCCACCUUCACUGGUUUUUUUAUCCUCCCUCCCACCUCCCAGCGAAUCCCCCAGGGCCGUCAAAAAAAAAAGUCUGGGUUAGCGAUGCCCCCACGAAGUCAAGGUGCCAAACCUCUGGUCCAUCGAGAGAAAAUCGGAAGGAAAAAAAUCUACGAAAAAAACCUACGAAAUUUAACCAGGACAAGGGCCCCUCGCACGUGACGCGAAAAAUUAGACGAAUGAGGCUCCCUCCCCCCUCAAACCCUAGCUACCCCUCGUCCCCCGCCUCCAGCCGCACCCGCCGCCGCACCCCAAUCCCCGAUCAGACCCCCCUCCUCAUGCCCUCUCCGUCGUCCUCCUCAAGACGUCACCAUUGCCUCCGUUCGUCUUCUCCUACGCCGACGCCGUCGAGGCCGAGGCGUUCGACUUCCCGCUCUGGCAGAUCUGCGCAGUCGCCUACGGGGUGGCGUCCCUCGACGGGCGCACCAGGCUGCGCGCCGCCGCGGCGGCUAGCGGGACCGGCGCUGGCGUGGCCAACCCCACGGCCAUGGCCAUCACCCACGUGCUCCACAACAAGCGCGAGUUCCCCUUCGCCGCCGGCGCCGGCGACCUCAUCAUGCUAUGUCUUGGCGGGAAUGCCGCCGCCGGGUCGGGCGCCCGCGCGUCGUCCUCCAGCCUCCUGCGCAUCGCCUUCGCGUGCCAGGCCGACAUGGUGGACCAAGCCGUAUCAAUGGCAUUCGGAGAGAACAGAGCAACCAACUACAUCCGCAUCUAGGGUAAUGGCAUUACCGCCGGAGCGACGGCGGAGGCGGCCAUGGCGGAGCAGGGGGGUGGAGUCGGUCCUGUUCCGGGGGAAGAAGCUGAUGCCGCAGACCAACGGCGAGCGGCUGGAUGGCGUGGCGGAGCAGCUGGUGCGAGAUCCUCCGUGAUUCGGCCAUGGCCACCAUCGACGCCCUCCUCUCCAUCGCCGCCACCAACCCACACCUCCACAUCACUAUAUCUCAACCUCCAUCGAUCUCCUCCCGGAUGGAUCCGGGUUAGUCACUAGAUCGACAAAGGGAGGCCUCCACCGUCGCCGUUCUUCUUCCUCCCCGACCUCCCGUCGCCGUUCUCCACGGAUCUGGACGUGGCCACAACCGACUCUGCCGGUUCCAUGGAGGAGCUCACCCCGGCCUUCUCCUCGUUUUUCCCCACGUUCGGGUCUCCUAGUGGAGGUGCUGAUGCUGCCGGUUCCACAACGCAAGAGCCCAUGGCAACGCGACGAACUGAAGCUGUUCGCCGGCGUCGCGCAGGGCGUCUCUGGCGUCGCAGGAAACCCUACCUUGGGGCUGGCGCAAGGCGUCUCUGGCGUCGCAGGAAUCCCCACCGCGGGGCCGGUGCAGGGAGUGGCCGACCAUCCCACCCUUCCAAAGCCGCAGGGCGUCUCUGCCAAGUCCACGGUUGUCGAGUCCAAGGCCGUCUCUGGCCAGGCCUCCGUGGUCGAGGCGAACUGCACUAACAUCGAUGUCUGCCCUGAACUGUUUGCAUCUAAAAGCUCUGGUGACGAUGGAAAGUCUACCUCCAAGGGACCAAAAAAGAAAAUCAGUCCUAAAAGAUCUUCGCCUGACACAUCUACUCACGAUGAUAGUGAAGUAUAUCAAGCUGGUGCUAAAAGAAGGAAUCUUAACCCCUCUAUUCCUCAUAAGGAGAGCUUGGAAUCUGAAGAUUUUUCUGCAAAGCAUGUGCGCGCGAGGAGGGAAGAGGAGAGAACCAUUGACAUUUUUCAUGCUCUGGACAAACAUUUUUAUGCAUAGCUUUCUUUUCCACGAGAACACAUGAGCGUGGAGCUGUCGUUGUAGAGCCCGGGAUGAAGGGUGGGUCCAGUAUAAAACCAGGAGGUACUGGCACUAAGAUGGGAAGGUGGUUGCCGCCCUUAUCCCUUGUUGCUGGCCGGCCACAACGAUGUUGAUCACCGGCUCACUUAAAAUACAGGUUGAUGGAUUUUGUGAUAAGAGUGAGCGGGACGGAGGUUGGGUUUGGUAUGUUUACUUACAAAUUUGCAUUCUUGGCUUUGGGGGCGCCACAGGCGGCGCAAUACCUCCUCCCUCUUGAUGGCAGUGGUGAAAACACACGAACACGGGGAAGGGGAUCAUGGCGGAGAGCGGGAAGGCAUUACGGGGGACUCCUCCUUAACGGUCUAUGAGAAAGUAUAGUGUGAAGGAGAGAGGGUGUCAUGGUGAAAGUGAGGCGGACGUCACCCACUACGGCGGGAAACAGAGCGGGAAGGGGAGGGUCUGAGGAGAAAAGGAGAGGGUGUGUCAUGGUGGUGGGGUUUUGUGUUGGUUUCACAUGUUGGAGAUAACAUCACGAAUAGUCUGGAUAGCAACAUUUUUUUCUCACAUAUGGGCUGGAUUUGGGGCACCCGGACUAUCAAGACGGUUGUAGUAGCCCGUUUGAUGUCCGAACACAUUCGGACGUAUGAGGAAAAAAAUAAGCUUAGACAUUGAAUACGACUUUAAUUGUUUCUCUGAUUCAUUUAUAUGCAUUAUUGCCCGCAACUCACGGGCGUUCUACUAUUGUUUUUGCAUGAUGGGUAUGAGUUGAGAAAGUAGUUUUUAUUAUACUUGCUCAAGCAUCGUGCGAAUGAAAAAAAAAACUUUCUUGAUAUUGUACUAAAAUUUCUUAAGCGCAUCAAGUAGAUUUUAAUAAUUUGUAAUAUAUUUUUUGUUGAAUCAUCGAUUUAUGUGUAUACAUCGUCAAUUUGCCUUUUUGUUAGCAGUUUACAUUACAAGUGAAGUAGACUUCAAUUAUUAUGGAAUUGUGUCUAUGCUAUAUUGUCUCUUCCUGUGAAAUUACAUGGAUUAUUUUAUAUACCUUCAGCAAAAUAUUUCAGAAGUCCGUGGCAACGCACGGGCAUACUACUAGUCUUGAUAGUACAUGACAGAAACGAUCUACGAGUACUCCCUCCUUCCCAAAAUAUAAGGCGCGAUUGACUUUACAUGGUCUUUGAUGCACGACUUUGACCGCUAAUAUAUACCAAGUGCAUUACAUGUAUAAAUGGCAUCGUCACAUUUGUUUUUUUCAUGUCUGUAUAUUAAUUCUGUAGACAUAUACCACAUGAAAUUCUGUAGGCGCCUUACAUUUUGGGGAGGGAGUAUAAUUUUGUGUCCUGUUUUAGUGCUUCCUGUUAAUCGAGCUUCAUCCACUUGCAUUCCAGCUUCUACAUGGGAGUUUUUUACCUCCAUGGACUCUGAUACACUUGAUCAGUUCAAUGUACCUAGCUAAGAACACCAAAUAAGUACCCCCUCCGUUCCAAAAUAGAUGACACAAUUUUGUACUAACUUUAGUACAAAGUUGGGUCAUCUAUUUUGGAACGGAGGGAGUAGGUGUCAGUUAGAAACAUAUACCAAAUACCAAUCUUGAGGAGAGAGACAUUCAUUAUGUCCAACCUCAUUCACCGCUCCAACCAAGGAUACAUAACCUAGAUGUCAAACUUAAGAUGAAAUUCUGAGUACGCAUGAGGUCGAUGCUGACAUUCCAGCUUCUACAUGGGAGUUUUCAAAUCAAAUAAAAAUGGCAUGUGAUAGCAGGAUAAAUCUAACAGAGAGAGUACAACAUAGAACUCAUUUUUCGCAAGAGAUCAGUAUAAGACGCAUAUGUUCUAACUCAAAAAAAAAUCUAACAACUGACAAACAUUCAUGUUCAUACCAUUGAAUGGACCUUAGCUGCUUGCAUAAAAACCAGCUCAUAAAGGUUUCAUAGUGGUGAAGGUUAGAGAUUAUGACCCAAGGUUACAAUUAUAAAUUUGACUUUACCCGUCUAAAAAGGACAAUUAUUGGACAUGGAUACAAACAUAUUGGGCAUGCAAAAAGUAAAUCUGGGUUACCUUGAGAAAAAUAGGAAUGUAGGCUACAGAUUCACACAGGGUUAAAGCUUACACGGGCAUGCAUAGACCUACGAUCAAUGUAUUACAAUUUCAAGGAUUGGUUGAAAGCAUAAAUGAGAAAGACAAACAAGUGGCAUCAGGCAAUUUAAAGGGAGUUUUAUGACUGCCCUGCAGAUGCAUAUUAUUACAAGCUAUUACACUGGGGCUUAUACAGAGAACCCUGCAGGACAAAUUGGAAGUUUAAUACCAUCGACCUUGUGUCACAAACAUAAUACCGUAUUGAUCUGUAAAAUACUACAUGUUAUUUACUUAUGAGAUCUCACUUUCUGUCACAUGUUAGUAAUAUAUUUUGAAGCAAACUAAAAUUCAACUACUAUUAGACAGAUGCCAUGCACAUUCAACCGGUAUUGCGGGUUGUGAGCAGUGUAGAGAAUGAUUGUUUCUGUUUUGGAGUACUGAAGUCAUCAAUUAGAAGCAUGGGGGAAUUAAUCUCAGAAAAUGAGGUAGCAUCGCUGUAAUCUUGAUUUUUAAUGCUGUUGACCGAUUCCACAGCUACAAACAAUUUUCUUGCAAACAACAUCACACAAGGGACUAACAGAAUGUUAGGUACAUAAGUGUACUUAGACCAAUGUUCUCACCUGAUAGUGCUGGUGCACAUGCUGCGGUCAUUGCAACCAUUACUGGAUCCUGAGAUGAGAAUUACAAAGUCAGAAAUGAGAUCAUCCUUUUAUGUCAGACAUUAGGCACAUGGACCAGAAAAAGAACACAACCUACGACAACAGUUUGUGAAUCCGAAAUUCAGAAUACUGUGACACUUCCUAUUGUUGACCCUGAGUAUUACGAUGCACAAAUUGUUUGCCCUAGAUGCCACCAUUUUGGGAAUAUAAUCCAUAUACUAUGACACUUCCUAUUGUUCUCUGUUAAAAUACUUUUUGUACACUAUAUUUUGGUUUCUGAAGUAUUAAUGCUUAUUUCUGUUGUGGUAUAGCAUAACAGCUACAUAUAUGCUUUUUAAUCUGUAUUAAAAUAGUAUAAUGUUUAUUAUGAUUUAUGAAGAAAUGCAUGGCACACAGAUCUUGGCACUGCCCUCAAGCUGUGCACUUAAAAUUAAAAUGGAUGUAUACCAGCAGCUUUAAUACUUUGAGAGCUAGUUUUACAUAUAUAACUGGGAAACACUACUGUUGCUCGGCGGCCUGUUGCAGUUUACUUUCUUGGAACUGCAGGUACUGAGCUUUUUAGUGAAGUGUCCUAAACUUCAAGACCCUAAGACUAUUCAACCCUUCAACUUAGUUCUCCUGAUUAGGUAACAGUGAAACAGAAGUUCCAAAUUAGAGUACCAAACCACCAAGAACAGGAGCAGUACACCAACAAACCAAAGUUACUAAAAUGCAUCAUUCACACACGAGCAGA